CAUUUGGGCCCUCCCUCUGUGGCCUAUGCUUUCUGAACAGCACCCAAGAACAAUCUAAGGUGCAACAUAGGGUUUGGAACUGAUUUAGUGGCUACCAUCCAUUUUUUUUUUACCCCUUUGGUGCAUUCACAAGUGGAUCUGGAGGGUCUAGGCCCAAAGAAGGUUUUACUUUUUUUUUUUUUUCUUAAAUUAAACGGAUCACUCGACAUGACAGGCUUCAUCUUCUGAGGCCUUACAAGAGUUCUGGGUCCUGGCAGGAACGCCACUUUCUCAUUGGGACACUAAUAGAAGAGACGGUUCUCACUUUCCACUGGAAAACUACUUCUGAUUAACUCUUAAGAUUAGGAUUUCACCAUAUCACGGCAGAGAUGGAAGCACGGACCUCCACCACCACCACCACUGUCCUUGAGAGCAAAGGAGGUGAGUCGAGUGCUCCAGCUACAAGAGUGUCCAAACGCACCAUGAUGGAUGAUCUGUACACCACCUUCAGCUCCCCUGUGGCCUGGGUACUGGUCCUGGCCCUCAUCAUCACCUGGUCUGCAGUUGCCAUCAUUGUUUUUGACCUUGUAGACAGCAAGAGCCUGGAAGCCCAUACAUUAUACUGUGACGACCCCUGUUUGCCACCUGGACCUCAGGCGGCGCGCGCCAGGAAAGCCUUCAAGGAGGCAGGCGGCCUUAGAGGAGGUAUUCAGCACAUGAGCAGGGAACCUGUGAAGGCAGUGCACGAAGCCAUGGACGAAUCCACCAACUGGAUGAAUGCGAUCUUGACCUUUAUGACUAAUUUGGUAACGCCGGAGGAAGAGGAAGAAGAAGUGGAAUGGCAAGCAGUGAAGAAGAAAGGAGAAUUCCUACCAGCAAGAAAAAAAGUUGCAGCUCUGCAGGCGAAAGAAAUCAUUCAGAAGGAGGAGGACAAGAAGAAGCUGAAGGAAGAGGAAGAGGAGGAUGAAGAACAGGAGGAGGAGGAAGAGGAAAUUUCUGCAGUGGAGGAGACGGAGGAGAAAACAGAAGAAGAUGAAGAUGAAGAAGAGGAGGAAGAGGAAGCAGAAGAUGUGGAGGAGGAGGAGGAGGAGGAAGCAGAAGAUGAUGAUGAUGAGGAGGAGGAGGAGGAGGAGAAGUUAGAGGAGGAGAAAGAUGAAGAGGAUGACGAAGAAGAGCAGGCUGAUGCAAAGCCUGUCCGAGUUGAGGAUGAGGAUCAAGUCAAGGCAGAAAAAGAAAAAGAGAAAGAAGAGAAAAAAGCAAAGCCUACCAAAAAGCCUGAGGUAGACACAAAAGAAAAGAAGAAGAAGAAAAAAGAAGAAGAAAAAGAGGUAGUUGAGGAAGAGGAAGAAAAGGUGGAAGAAAAGGUAAAGCCUGAAGCAGGUGCAGAGGGGAAGGAAAAAGAAAAAAAGGAGAAAGAGAAGAAGAAAAAGAAAGAAAAAGAGUCAGAGGAGGAGGAGGAAAAGCCUGAAGUAGUUGAUGUGAAGAAGAAAAAGAAAGAGGGAGCAGACAAACCAAAAGAGAAAAAAACAGAGGAAGUUGCUGAGGAACAGAAAGCAGCAGCAGACCAAACAGAUGCAGAGACAGAAAUAGACGUUGAUGAAGACGUUGAUGAAGAUGUUGGAGAGGAGGAUAAGGACGCUGACGAGAUCUCUGAAUUUGAAGAAGAGAAAAAAGCAGCAAAAGAACCUGCUGAUGUGGCAACAAAACAAGAAGCAGCCGAACCUGCUGAUGAAGCUGAAGAAGAUAAAGAGGCAGACAAAGAAGAGGAAGUUGUCACUGAUGAUGUCACUCCUGCAGUUUCAGCUUCCUCUGAAGAACGCAAAGAUGAUAGUGAUGAAGAAGAAAAAGAAGAAGAAGUAAAAGAAGAAGAAGAAGCACUUACAGCUCCAACAGCUGAUGAAAAAGAUGAUGAAUAUGAAAAACCUGCUGAAGUCACUGAGGACAAAAUAGCUGAUGAAAAAGAUGAGAAGGAUGAGGAAGAUCUCAAAGAAACAGCUAAAGUGGACACUGGAGAAGAGAGUGAUGAUGACCAAAAAGAAAAAGAUGACCAAAUUGAAGACAAGGUGGAAGAAGAUGCUCUGAAGGCUGAGCAGGAAACCAGAGAUGAUACAAUAAUCGUUGCUGCAGCAACAAUAGAAACUGACACUGAAAAACUAGAGGAAGAGGAAGAGAAGGCAGUAAAGGAGGCUGAGGUGGAAAAAAAGGAAGAAGUAAAAGCUGACGAUAAGGAAACAUCAAAACCAGUGACUGAAGACAAACUCAAAACAGAGGCAAGAGAGGAGAAAGAAGAAGAAACCAAAAAACUGAAAACAGCAGCAGCUGAGAAAGAAGAUAAACAAAAAGAAUCUACCACCUGUGUGUGUAUGCAGCCGGAACAACCCAUACUGCCUCAAACACAAGAUACUAAGCCCGAGGAGGAAAAAGAAGAAGAAGAGAAAAAGGAGCCACAAGAAAAACCUGAGCAAGCUGUGAAGCAGAUGGUGGAUUCUGAGUUCCCGCAGAAAAAAGAAGGCGUUGAUGUCGUGGCCCCACUGCAGGACCUCCCAGCAUGCCGCCCUACGCCGGUGUACUGCCCGGCUCCGCCCGGCUGGUACGUGCAUCACAUAGUCACAGAUAGUCCAUUACCACCGACGCCUGUGCGAGAGGCUCAAUUUGCUGCAAUAGCAACUCAUGCAGUCACGCUUCAAAGACAAGAUGCUGACCAAGACAAACCGAAGCAAGUGACAAAAAAGAAAGAGCCUCCCGUUAAGAAGCGAAAAGUAACAAUUACUAAGAAAGCUACAGUCUCAAAAGGACUGAAAGUAAAGGCACCUGAGGAGAAAGUAACUCAGAAAAGGAAAGGUCGGGUGACUCCUAAAGAGAAGCUCAGAUUGAUCCCCCACAGGCGAGAAGUCCCAAAGCUGACCAAACCCAUCAGAUCAGCAGGACCUGCAAAAAGGAAGGCCAAAGUCAUGGAGAAAGGAAAAGAAGAGAAGAAAGGAGUCAAGGAUGUGAAGCCUACAGUUGAGGAUAAAACCAAAAGCAAGCCAGUGAAAGCAAAACAAGCUGCACUUCCAGCAAAAGUAGCCAGAACCACGGCUGUAAAAGGUAAAAAAGAGAGAAGAGCAGCCAAACCUGCUCCCGAGGAGAAAAAACCUACCAUCAAAUCAGCUCCAGAAGAGAAAGGAGCUGAUUCAGAAGAAAAAACAGCUGUUCCACCUGUACCAACAAAAGAAUCCAAAGUUGAAGAAAAUGUUACAGAAGGGAAGAAGCCAGGCAAGAUCCCAUACUUCCAGUGUGUGCUAGUGGGUGGAAAAGCCAGCCAGUAUCCAUUACGUCCGUUAUCUCCUGCUAUGACUCCUGCUAUUAACCCGGCCAUGAUGAGAGCCAUGAUGGAGCAGAGAGCCAGCGUGCUUGAGCAGAAAGCCCGGCCAGCAGGGCAGUAACUCCGAAAGCUGCUGCUGAUGCUCUCACACUGCUGCUAGUCUCUUUAUCACACUCUGAUCUAAUGCUAACCACAUGAGAGACUUUUUUAAAAAUUCUUGUCUUAUGGGUUUUAGAGCCAAUAAACUGUUUCUUUAUAAAAGGUCGUAACAAUUAAUCCAUGCACACUGGUAAAGAAAUUAUUAAUGAUAAAGCAGGAGCAGUGUUUACAUGAUAAUAGAGUACACAAAAAUACAUAUGCAUUUAGAAUUACAUGACAUGUCAUAUUACAUAUUGCAUAUAACGUUUAACAGUAAUAUGUUUCAGCAACAUUCGGGGCUGAGUUUCUAGAAAGCAUCACAACUAAAUGGUAGAGCAUGCAUCAUGACAAACUCUCUCUACCAGUUAAAAUGAUCUUAAAUUUACAAUGCUUUUGGGAAACCGGCUCCAGAUCUGUUUACAUUUGUGGACGUUUUGAAGAAACCUCGUUUUAAUAGUCAACAUAAGACUAUAUUAGAGGAUUACAUUUAGACUUGAACAUGUAUGACUCAACUGUAUGCUCUAUAAAUUUUUAUUUACUUAUUUAACUAGGCAUUUACAGUAAUGUAUUAGAGAGGCAGAGUAAACUUGUGAUUGCUUUGCCGGAAAAAUAUCCACAUGUAUACACUGGAGAUUUUAUCUCUUGCCACAGGCCAUUUCCUUUAUGUCGCUGUAAUAUGAUCAGGUAAAAAGAUCUGUAACAACAAUCACAUUACUGGAGGUAAUAUUUAUGAAACUAAGUAUAGACAAGACAAAAUCUAAAUGUUUUAGCCCCUUAAAGUCUCCGCUUAUUCUUCAGUUGUUCAUCUUAAUACAUAUUGUUCAGAAACUACUAUAAAUUUAUCAGUAACUAUGUUUAAACUAAUAGAAAAACUGUGUAGUAAGAGCAAGAGUGAGGAUUAUAAGUCUAAUCGAUUCUAAUGAAAAUGUAGAGCGUAUACAGUAUGUGCCAGUGUUAAACAUUUAUAUUGUAUUUUGUUUGUUGGUAAUACUUCCUAUGCAUCCAGUAUUCAUAAUGCAUUAGAAAGCCAUUUAUGUGUUACAUAGCAUCCAUAACAUUCAUUACAGAUGUAUCCAUCGUGGAUGAUGCAGCUUGACCUCUCCUCCUUUCUGCAGACACAAAUGAGCUUGUAAGUCACAUGAUAAUGCAGAACAGUAACGCGGACAUUUUCAUAACAUGGAAACUCUCUGUAUUCACAGUAUCUUAAAGAAUUUACAGUGUAACACUAUCUGCAUUGUGUUAUUGUAGCAUGUUACCAUAUCACGUGACUUGGAAGCCUAUUUGUGUUUGUGGAAAAGAGGAGAAGUUUCAUGAAUCUAAUCAUAUGCUGUUAAAAGCACAAACCUUAGGCAUGACAUGGUCAAUGGUCAAUAUGUUUAAGAAAAGAGGCAAAAUUAUUUAUUACAUAUCGAUCGUAUUCAAAUCGCGUAAUGGUAUAGGUUAGCCAGAGCAUUAAUUUGCAAUAUGAGCAAUUAUACAGGCCUGCGUUAGGAAUUAUAAAUUAUUAUACAUGCCAUAUAACACAUUCUUAAUGCAUUUGCAAUGCACUAUGACUAUAGGAUUCAGAGGAACUAUAACAUAUAUAAUAAUAUACGAGAAUAUAUCAUUUAAAAGGAGAUGCGUCCACUGAUCAGUUUAGUGAUCAGUUUAGGAAGAACUUGUCUUACAACUUGCCUUCUAUACAACAUUAUUUUAAAUAAGAAACUAUGUCGAAGAAGGUGUUUUAACUUAUUAUGACCAAUAGACUAUAGACAAUUUAAAUGCAGUGGUAUGAUGUUAGCACGUUGUUGCCAUCAGCGCUGUCACACUCCUGGAACAUCUUCCACCAUAUGUGAGAUUAAAAAAAAAAUCUAGGCGUGGCUUUCAACUUGAUUUCCUAUAUUGUCUUAUUCAAGAAUUGACUUCCUGUCUGUAUACAAGCGGUCACUGAACUCAAAAUAUCAGCUUGCAUGUUAAAGAUAUUUUCAUAAUCAUGUGGAUGGAUCAGGAAGGAACAAAAAGCUGUAAUCAUGUGCAAACUGUGUGACUUCGUAUGGAUACAGCAGCACUAAUGUACGAUGUAAACGUAAAUGGAGGUUUUGAUGAUGGUAAUGACUGAGCCAGUGUGCUGUAACAGCAUGACUGAGAGGAGGAAAGUAGGCCACAGGAAUAAUCUCACUGCUGUGUGCUGUCUUCUCCUCCUGAGCUCUCAGGAUGAUGGCUGAGCUUUAAGAAUUUCAGCCAUGUUUCUCUGAUUUAACAGACAUAUCAGUGAAAAACUGAGGUUUUUAGGCAAAUGAUUGAAGUACUGAGGAUAUACUAUUUUUAAGAGUUUUUGUCCAAAUGUACAAUAAUUGUAAUUUUGUGUUUCUGUUGUUAUGUUGUUAUAUAGUGAGCAAUGCUAUUAUUAAUUGACUAGGGAAUACUCAGGAUUUCAUUUAGCAGGGGUAGCAUUUAAUAUUUGCUGCUUUUUGUUUUUAUUUCAUUUUUUCCUUUGCAUGAUAGUUAUUUUGCUGUAGAUGUAUCUUUUCAAAGGCAUGUUGUCACAUUUCAGACUGAUUGGAUCAAUACCAGAAUUCACCAUUUCCCCUGAAUAAUUCUGUUGCCCUGAUGCUUUUUCCAUUAUUCUGAUUCUUUUCUUCUUGAAGUAAACCAUGAAUAUAUUCAGGGGAACUCUGAUUAGCUUAAAUAAUUUCAAACAUCACAUUAUUCAGUCAAGGUUGGUCUAUUGUAAUGUAAUGUAAUACAGAAAUAAUGACCUAAUAGGAUUGAGGAUUUAAAAUGUGUCACUAAGUUUGCCAUGGCCAUUCUAGGUAGAUCAAUGUAAAGAGAAAUGUGAGGUUUGUUUCAAUAAAAUGUAUAAAAAAUGGGCAA